AUGUCCCAGCCUCGCUGGGCGGCCGCCCAAGCUCCACCACCAUGGGCGCUCAAUGCCUCCCGCUCGGCAGUCAUCUUCUUGACGGGCCUCGGUGGGAGCACGCUCCCCCUGUGUCUCGGAACCGGGCAGUCAUCGGCACUCGAGCUUGGCGUGGCGUUCAGCGGCGGUGUGUUCAUAGCGGCGGGCUUCUGCCACCUGCUCCCGGAUGCGACUGAGGCUCUCUCCGACGCAAUGGGGAUAGACUACCCCGUGGCGCCGCUGCUGUGCAGCCUGGGCAUGCUGGCGAUGCUGAUCAUCGACCAGCUGACCACGCGAGCGAUUGCGAAGCGGGGCACCGCCCCGGCGCCGGUAAGGCUCUCCGACGAAGACGAGGCCGAGCCCGCCGACCACGCGCCAGGCGAAGAGGUGGUGCCACUCCUCAGCUCCGGGCUGAUCCCGUCGAUCAUCCUCUUCAGCGCGCUCUCCUUCCACUCGUUGAUGGCCGGGCUGUCGCUGGGCGUGAGCGAUCAGACGGCGUGGGCCAUCUUCAUCAGCAUCCUCGCCCACAAGGCCUUCGCGGCCUUUGCCCUGGGCGCCAGCUUCGUGAGGCAUCUGGCCGUGUCUAGACGCACGAUUGCCUGCUGGAUGCUCGCCUUCUCCGUCACGACGCCGACAGGAGUGAUGCUUGGGACUGCGCUCACAACGGUGGCGGACAAUGCGCUCACCGGGGCGCUAACCGCCGUCGCCGCCGGCACCUUUCUGCACGUCGGCCUGAUAGAGGUGGCGCAGCGCGAGCUCGCCAAGGCGGAGCACGUGUGUGGCAGCAUGCUGAUGCUCCUUCUGGGCUUCUCGUUGAUGGCGCUGCUGGCGCUGUGGGUAUGA